CAGUUAUCCGCUCGCUGUUCAGCGUCUUUCUGUUGAUGAUUGUCCAAACAGUUUGACACCUGCCCUUUUCAAAAUCAAAAUCCAUGACAGCAACAAUGGCGAAUCGUGGAACAAAUUAGGGUUUAUGCACCACUAAAUUUCUCAGAAAAUGGAGUCAAUUUCAUCAUCAUCGUCGUCGUCUUUGCACAUUCACCUCCGCCACAGAAACCUUAUCUCUCUACACUUAUCUUCAACAAAUCCUUCCAUCAUUUCUUUUCCUUAUCGUUUUGCUACGUUGCAUUCACAGCGGUUUUGUGCCUUAAGAACUAGUAGUGCUGGUGGUGGCAGUAGCCAGCAUGAUGGCACUGCUUACGGCGCCGCUGAUUUACUGAGAAAGCCGGUGGUGGAGGUGAAAGAGGAGGAUGCUAUUGAUUCUUCAAAAGAUGAGGAUUCUGAUUAUGAAGAUGACGGAGGGAAGAGAAGAGAGGAGGAUGGGUGGGUUGACUGGGAAGAUCAGAUUUUGGAAGAUACUGUACCCUUGGUUGGUUUUGUUAGGAUGAUUCUUCAUUCGGGCAAAUAUGCAAGCGGCGAGAGAUUAAGCUCUGAGCACGAGAGAACUAUUCUAGAGAGGUUGUUGCCACAUCAUCCGGAGAGUGAGAAGAAGAUUGGGUGUGGCGUUAAUUACAUCACAGUUGGCUACCAUCCAGAUUUUGAAAGCUCAAGAUGUCUAUUCAUCGUACGCAAGGAUGGAGAAAUGGUCGAUUUUUCCUACUGGAAAUGCAUAAAAGGCUUGAUCAGGAAAAACUAUCCUUUAUACGCAGACAGUUUUAUCCUGAGGCAUUUCCGAAGGCGCAGGCAUAAUAAUGACUGAGGGUCCAUCCAAGUUUUCACCUGCAAAACUAAAAUCAAGAUUUAGCAUGCAUGAUUAUAUAUCCCAUUUUCUUACAUAUGCAAGAAUACAAUUUAUGGUUGCUGAAAAUUUUAGAGAAAAAUGUAAAGACAAAACACUCUUGACCUUCUUUGCAGUUCAAAAUUUCUCUUGUAUUUGGGUGUGGGUGUUGUUUAAGGACAAAGAGGGGUCAAACUCGUUAAUGUUAGUAGUGCUUAAUUGUUGUUCAUUCAAACAUAAAUGAAUCUUGAGGC